GCGGGAGGGGUUUGGGGAAGGAGAGGUGGACAGAGGAGAGAGGGAAGGGGACAGGGGGGAAGAGGAAAAGAGGGAAGGAAAGAGAGGAAGGAAAACAGGAAUCACUUCUGAGAUCCAGUAACUGGUUUUAGAAGAGGUAGAGGAAAAUGGAAAUAAAAGAGGGGAGACCCCAAAAUGAAUCCUCUCUUUUCUGUGUCUUCUCUCUCUGUCUGUCUGUCUCUGUCUGUCUCUCUCCCUCCCUCCCUCCUUCCCUCUCUCUUUCUUCUCCCAGUCUCAUCUCCCCUCUCCCUCUGCUCCUUCCUCCUGCCUUAGCAGAACUUAUGUGGCUGGGAUGCGGGGCUCUCGGGUGUCAAAACUUUGAAGAUUAAUGGAUUACUUUGUUAAUGACUGCAGGCGUCAGACUGAGGUGCUUAGAUGAUUUGUGAGGUGCGAGGCGUCUUCCCGACAGUCCCAAACAAUGCGCGGAGUGUGCGGGGGAGUUAGAGGGCAGCCGCCGGCGGGCCCGGCAGCAGGGCUCACACUCGCACACACUCACACACUCACACACACUCCCAAGCGCACACACCAGGUUCUGUGCUGAUCAGGAGGCAGGCAGGCACCCUCGCCCCCACGCACUCCCGGGCAUCCCCACCCACACCCACAUAUAUGUAUUUUUGCCCUGAAAAAAGUGUAAAUAAAGCCUCGCUGGCCCCCAAUGAGGCGUUCCUUCCCGACUUUUUUGGAUCAAUCAAACAGACAGUGGCUUCUUUUGAUUAAAGCCCAAAUUGUCAUUGGGCAGAAGCAAUCAUGUGACAGCCAAUUCGGUCCAAUUUCAACCUUGUCUCCAUGAAUUCAAUAGUUUAAUAGUAGCGCGGUCCCCAUACGGCUGUAAUCAGUGAAUUAGAAAAAAAACACCCCAGCAGCGAUCUUCUAUGAUAGAUUUUUUUUUUCCUCUGCUCUCGCCUUUUUCCCGGGCCUUGCCCCCCCAAAGCCCCUCCAGAAGAGGGAACUUUUUCUCCGAGGGGGCUCCAAGGAGAAGGCCAUGAAUUACGAAUUUGAGCGAGAGAUUGGUUUUAUCAAUAGCCAGCCGUCGCUCGCUGAGUGCCUGACAUCUUUUCCCCCUGUCGCUGAUACAUUUCAAAGUUCAUCAAUCAAGACCUCGACGCUUUCACACUCGACACUGAUUCCUCCUCCUUUUGAGCAGACCAUUCCCAGCCUGAACCCGGGCAGUCACCCUCGCCACGGCGCUGGCGGCCGCCCCAAGCCGAGCCCCGCGGGCAGCCGCGGCAGCCCAGUGCCCGCCGGCGCCCUGCAGCCGCCCGAAUACCCCUGGAUGAAGGAGAAGAAGGCGGCCAAGAAAACCGCGCUGCCGCCCGCCUCGGCCGCCGCCGCCGCCGCCGCCACCGGCCCUGCCUGCCUCAGCCACAAAGAAUCCCUGGAAAUCGCCGAUGGCAGCGGCGGGGGCUCCCGACGCCUGAGAACUGCUUACACCAACACGCAGCUUUUAGAGCUGGAGAAAGAAUUUCAUUUCAACAAGUACCUUUGCAGACCCCGAAGGGUGGAAAUCGCAGCGCUGCUGGAUCUGACUGAGAGACAAGUGAAAGUGUGGUUUCAGAACCGGAGGAUGAAGCACAAGAGGCAGACCCAGUGCAAGGAGAACCACAACAGCGAGGGGAAAUUUAAAAGCCUCGAAGACUCUGAGAAAGUGGAGGAGGACGAGGAAGAGAAGUCGCUCUUUGAGCAAGCCCUGAGCGUCUCCGGGGCCCUUCUGGAGAGGGAAGGUUACACUUUUCAGCAAAAUGCCCUCUCUCAGCAGCAGGCUCCCAAUGGACACAAUGGCGACUCCCAAAGUUUCCCAGUUUCGCCUUUAACCAGCAAUGAGAAAAAUCUGAAACAUUUUCAGCACCAGUCACCCACUGUUUCUAACUGCUUGUCAACAAUGGGCCAGAACUGUGGCUCAGGCCUAAACAAUGACAGUCCCGAGGCCCUCGAGGUCCCCUCUUUGCAGGACUUUAACGUUUUUUCCACAGAUUCCUGCCUGCAGCUUUCAGAUGCAGUCUCGCCCAGUUUGCCAGGUUCCCUCGACAGUCCCGUAGAUAUUUCAGCUGACAGCUUUGACUUUUUUACAGACACACUCACCACAAUCGACUUGCAGCAUCUGAAUUACUAAAAACAUUAAAGCAAAACAAAGCAUCACAAAACAAAAACCCCUUUGACCAGGUGCUUUUGCCUUCUUUUAUUCUGAGAGUUGAUUUUUUAUUUUCUUUUCUUCCUGACCUACCCUCUCUCUCCUCUAAAUGUGGAAGAUUUUCUGUUUAGUGAUUCUCCUGGUCCAGUUUCAGAGCCAUCCUUUACAGAUUAUUUUGGAGUUUUAGUUGUUCUAAAUCUAAUCCAACACCCCUCUAUGUGAUUUCCUGAAAGCAAUAUAUGAGGCCUGCAAGAAAGUGAUCAUAUAAUUGUAUCUUCACUUUCUUUUUAUUUUUGUAUUACAUUAGGAUGCAUUGUCAUGAGUAUUUUUGGUAGAAUAAAUUCUCCUUUGCUAUAAGUAGCUUUCUUAUUUUUUUCUCCCCCCUCUUUCUCAAGGCUCAUAACGGUUUCUUUUUCUUCUUUUAGUCUAACUUGGUAAAUAAAAUUCUGGUCACAAUUCAUCUUCUUUUUCAAUUUUAAUAUAUUUAUUAAGGGGGCAUGUUCAAAGUCUUCAGUAGUCAAUAACAAAAAAGAAAGCCAGAACAUAGGACUUCUGAGAAAUGUUUUUUUUUUUUUCCUCUCUUUUUAAAGGGAAUGGAUUUGGUUUUUCAGUGUAGAGGUUCAAGCCAUAGAUUUAAAUUGGUAAUAGAAACAGGAUUGGGCAGCCUCACAGUUGGGCCAAGCCCAAGCUUUUGAAAGUGGAGAAAUAAAAGUGCCUACAGAAACCGCCCAACUCCAGGAAGAAGGAACAUGGAGUUUCUUUAACAAGCUACCAGUCUCCAGGUCAAUAACUACGUUAUCAACAAUUCAUUUAUUUAUACACAUUUGUUUCAAACAUCUACAUUCCAACCCCCUCCCCCACAAUCCCCGGAAACAUUUUCAGUGUGGUUGAUUACUCUCCCAGAUGUUGAUGGGUCCAGGCAAACAGACCUAAAAGGUAGAGAAAACAAAAAUAAAACAAAACAUGGUUACUAGCUGGAAAAUGCACUUCAGAAAGCCUUCUUUCCAAUCCUCUGGUCCAGUCAUUCUAGGAUUCUUUUUUUCAGGGUCAGA